AAUCUAAGAGCAAUGGCUUCGAAAACAACAAGCACUGACCAGCCAGCAUCGCCUGCCCAGGAGGCGAACUAUGACUAUUUGUUCAAGGUUUUAUUUGUCGGACUUUCUGGGAACGGGAAAUCUGUCUUGUUGGCGCGUUCCCAUAAUGGUCGAUACGAUAGCACCAUUCCCAGCACUAUUGGUGUUAAUUAUUUCACUAAAUAUCUCACGAUCGACGGCAAGAGAAUCAGACUCUCCUCGUGGGACACGGCUGGGCAAGCGCGCUACCAUUCAAUCGCCAACGCUUACUUACGAGGAGCUCAUGGCGUCGUGAUUGCUUACGAUAUCGCCGUGGAGACAUCUUUUGAAGAAAUCAAGCUGUGGAUGGACAUGACGAGCAAAUACGCCCCUCCAAAUGUCAGCAAAAUGAUCAUUGGCACCAAAUGUGAUCUUGAACAUUUGCGCGCUAUUGAUUUUGCCACCGCGAAAGCGUUUGCCGACGAGCACAACAUGUCAUUCCUGGAGACAUCCUCGAAGACAAAUUUCAACGUUGAGAAUGUUUUCCUGACCAUCGCAACAGAUAUCAAGCGGCGUAUAGACCUUGAUCGGCUCAAUGGGGUCGAAGAAUUGAUCGAUUCUGAUCUCUCCAAGCCUACAAUGAUUCAAUGCGAUGAAGUGCGAGUUGUCUUACUCGGCAAUCCUGCUGUCGGCAAGACCUCCCUUGUUCAUGGCAUCGGUCGACACGAGCAAAACCCUGUUUUGAGGUUCUUUUCUGGCAGCAACACUGUCAAGACCACCUCCACUGACGGGAUUGACAUUUCGACCGUGCUCAUUCGCGCUCAGAAAGAAGUCAUGGCUCUGAACAUUUGGGACUUUGCUGGCCAAGAGCUGUACCUCGUGUCACACCAGUUCUUCCUUGGCGAACGGACAAUCUACCUGGUUUUAUUUGAUGUGCGAGAACCCAUUACCCGCAACUCGCGACUUUCGUUCUGGCUGCGUAGCCUGCAUGCGCGUGUCUCGGGUGCUGAUGUCAUUCUGGUUGGCACCCACACUGACGAUCCGAUGUACACACCCGAGCUGCAGCAAGAGCGACGAGACCAACUUGCGAACCUGCUUGGGUUUUUGAAGCAGUCUCCGGAGCCGCUCAAGGUUUGCGCGACAGUGUACAUCAACGCUCGCUCUGCAGCGGUGGCACCGAGUAUGCCAGAGCUCAAGUCGCACAUUUUCGCUGUGGGGCGCAAACUGCCAUUUUACAAGAAAGACGUUGAUGAACGCUUUUUGCAGUUUCGGUUUUUGCUGCAGAAUCGGGCCAACGAGCUGCAGAGCAAAAACGAGCCACCGCUGCUUCGCCUCAAUCAGAUUUUCGACCUCAGCAAGUCCGUGCUCAAUCUCAAGAGCUCGCAGGUUAUCGGUUUUCUGCAGCUCUUGCGGUACCAAGGCUGGAUUGUCUACCACCCGACUGGCCAAGCUGCUGAUGCAUCUUCCCUUCACCUCUCAUCGGCACAGCACGACAUUGUCAUUCUCAAUCCUCAAUGGUUUACAAAGACAGUGUUGACUGGCGUGAUUACCACGAAACACAAGUGGGUCAAAAAAGGCAUCGUGGCCCGCGUUGACUUGAUUUCGCACAUCUGGAAGGGCCUCGAGGCGGAUGUGUGCGAUCGCUUGUUGGCACUUCUGGAGCGUUACGAGCUGUUGUACCCGAUUCAAGGCUCCGAUGACACGUCCGACCUUGGUGACACGUCAACGAAUACCAUUCGGUUCCUCGUCCCCUCUCUCUUGCCAGUCGCUGCAGAGCUUGCCGGAUGGGCCAAUCGCGAUGCAAACACCGAGCCGUUGGAAGCCGCCGUGGUCAUGCGCAGCGACUUUCUACCACAUGGAUUCUUCUCUCGCGUGAUCGCUCGCUUGCAUUCCCUCAAGUAUGACUUGACAGCGCGUCAGCAUUGUGUUCUUGUGAGCCGGAAUCGCCAUCGAGCGCUCGUCAGACUUGUUGCACACGAUCGCGAAGAUGUCAAGGAGCUUGUUCUGAUCGCUCGCGGGACAUACCCUGGGAACCUCCUUCAGGUACUCGUUGGCGUGAUUGACGAGCUGACGUCGCGGUGGUAUCCUGGCAUUGCUUGGCGGACGUACUUCCGGUGCUCAAAGUGUCCAGAGCACGGAGAAGAGGCGUGCUUGUUUGAGCUCCUUCCGUGCGUUCGAGACGCCCUGCUCAACAAGCAAGACCUGAAUUGCGAGCCCACGCAAUUGACGCUAGUUCGCGAGCAGUGGAUUCCAGUGUUGCGGCCAUUGCUGCAAUAUCGGUUGGCUGGCAUCAAUCCGCCAACCAAACUUGACACUGCCGCGCUUGCAAUGCUCAACGAACUGCAGGAGGUGUCGACCGGCCAGUUGGAAGCCGUGACAAACACCAUGCAGGGAGAGUUGACAAAAACCCUCACGGAUGCUGUUGCAGCCAAGCUCGAGGGUGUUGCCAGCGACAUCAAGACUGCCGUCGUGCUUGCUGGGCAGCAAGCGCUGCAAGAAGUGGCAGCGAAGGUGGCCGCAACAGGACAGAAACUCGUCGAGGAGAGUGCUAUUGCUGGCCAGCGCGCUGUCGUCGAAGCGCAGAAAGACGUUACUCAGGCAUUCCAAGUUGGAGAGCAAACGCUCAAGGGAGUGGCCGCGCAGAUCACCAUUAACGGCGAGGCGCAACUUCAAGAGGCUGCCGCACGGUCAGUGCAAGUCGUACAAACUGCUCAUCGCCAGAUUCUGGAUGCCACCAUUCAGUCCGUUCAAGAUGCCGUCAAAAUAGACCCACUCGAGCUUGAUCGGCUCGUGCGGACUGUCAUUCAACAGACUCAAGGCGACUCCAGUAACGCUUUUGAGCGGAUUGAACAACUUGUCACUGGGCUGCUGCCAUCUCGCAUGGACAAGAUCGACUCGGUGCUUCAGGAAAUGCGCGCCGACAUUGGCCGGAACUGGACGCGACAAGUCCGGAUGCAGCUGGAGUUUGCCGAAAAACCAUGUCCCCUGCUCUUUGUUGUGGUUCCGGCCAAAAAGAAACACUGGAGCAAGUCCAUCAGCAAGAUUUGGCACAAAAAGUUUGAGGCUCACUUGCUCUGCGAGCACAUGAGUGACGACAACAAGCCAGACUGGCACCGCAUCGAGGGUCACGAAGGCUAUCCGAUCGACAAGCUGUCCAAAUGGCUGGAAAAGUACGGCCCGCGCGUUCGAGCGCUGCUGGCAGCGGUGCGGCCUCUGCUCAAGUUGGCCAGCAUUGUCACCGGUGGGCCUGAUGCAUCUGAAGCGAUUGACGCGGUGGAUGUAGCGCUGGAAAAUCCGCUCGAGGCCCUGCCGUAUUUGGCCAAGCUGCUCGAGGAAGCGGGCAAGGUUGGACCGGCUGCUGCGGCCUCAGAGACAACGCAUUCAUCCCAGGAAGCCGCGCGAGAGUGGGUUUCUUUCCUGACCAAGAAGGACGAGCACCAGUCCUUUGCUGGCUUGGAGCGUGUGGUCGUCAUGGCCACCGGUGAGGUUCGUUGGCUCUGUCCAGCCCAUGCAGCCGCUGUGCAAGGCCCUGCUGUUGCCAGCCCCAGCAGCGACUCUGCUGCUUCAAGCGGUCCUACCCUCUCGGCUUAGGUGUAACUGAAUGUCUUUGUUGGCGUGUUAUUGACAGUAUUUUUUCGUAGUGUGUAG